UAUCCUAUCAUCUUACGAAUAUAUUGUAUAGUGUUUGCAAAAAUUUCAAUUUAUUAGUGUCUCAUACAAGCUUCCAUACAAAGAAUGGGAAGUAAUUCGUAGAAAAUUCGAGAAGACAUGGCUGACAUAAACAAGAAGAAGGCAGAAGCCCUCAAAUGUCUAGGAAAUGAGGCUUUAAAUCAGGAAAAGUUUGAGGAGGCUAUAGGACAUUACUCUGAAGCAAUCAAAGUGGAUAUUGAUAAUCAUGUGCUGUACAGUAACCGAUCAGCAGCACUCACCAAGGCAGGGAAAUACCUAGAGGCAAUUGGGGAUGCAGAUAAAGCUAUUCAUCUAAAGCCAGAUUGGUCCAAGGGAUACUCCAGAAAAGGUGUGGCCUUGUGUAAUCUGAGUCGAUACGAGGAGGCAUUCGAGGUAUAUUCUGAUGGUUUAAAAGUGGAUCCCAAUAAUGAAGCCCUCAAGGAAGGAUUUCAAAAGACCAAAGGUUUUUUAUCAGGUCCUGGGAAUAGCCAACCUAUACCUAGUCCAUUUGCAGUCCCUGAUAUGAUGCAGAAGUUACAAGCAAAUCCAAAAACUAGAGAAUUUUUGAAACAGCCAGAUUAUUGUGCUAUGAUUGAAAAGCUAAAGGGAAACCCAAAUGACUUGAAAGACAUGGCAGAUCCCAGAAUUAUUACUACUCUAGGCGUACUCUUGGGUUUUGAUAUCAGAACACCAUCAGCCUUCACGGAGGAAUCAAACUCCCAUGACAUGGACACGGACACACAGCAGCCUCAAACUUUUCCAGGAUUUCAAAAUGCCUCAUUUCCUAGCCCCAAUCCCCCAGAAAAUUCAACUUCUGAAAGUACAAAGAAUGUUAAUUCUGAGGCGCUGGAAGAAAAAGAAAAGGGUAAUGCAGCCUACAAGAAGAAAGAGUUUGAUUCGGCUCUGUCCCAUUACUCUGCAGCCGUUGAACUUGACCCUACAAACAUUACAUUCCGCAAUAACAGAUCAGCGGUAUAUUUUGAACAAGAAAACUUUGAUAAAUGCAUAGAAGAAUGUGAAAAGGCUGUGGAAGUUGGACGUGAAAAUCGAGCAGACUACACACUAAUAGCAAAAGCACUAGCAAGAAUUGGUAAGGCAUACCUGAAGAAGGAGGAUGAAGAAAAUGCUCUUCGCUACUUCAAUAAGUCUCUUUCAGAACACCGGACACCAGAAAUUUCUAAACUAAUUGUAGAAAUAGACAAGAGAAUGAAGGAGAAAGAACGCCUGGCUUACAUAAAUCCAGAGGUAGCACUGGAGGAAAAGAAUAAAGGAAAUGCUUUUUUCCAGGGAGGAAAAUACCCUGAGGCCAAGAAACAUUAUGAUGAAGCAAUCAAGCGAAACCCAGAUGAUGCUAAACUUUACAGCAAUAGAGCAGCUUGCUACACAAAAUUAAUGGAGUUCAACCUAGCUUUGGCAGACUGUGACAAAUGUAUAGCACUGGAUCCAAAAUUUAUAAAAGGUUAUCUCAGAAAAGGAAGUAUUCUACUGGCAAUGAAGGAACCAACCAAAGCUGUAUUUGCCUAUCAGAAAGCGAUGGAGAUUGAUUCAAAGUCAGAGGAGGCUCAAAAGGGAUAUCGUGAUGCCAUGAUGGCCGAAGGGAAUGACCCCGAGGCGGUGAGACGUCGAGCCAUGGGAGAUCCAGAAGUUCAGGCCAUUCUAAAUGACCCUGCCAUGCGUAUGAUCCUAGAACAAAUGCAGAAAGAUCCAAAUGCAGUCAGAGAGCAUUUGAAGAAUCCACAAAUUGCUGCAAAGAUUGAGAAACUCUUGGAGUGUGGCAUCAUUGCUAUCCGUUGAUACACGACUGCUGGCAUUGCAAUGGUAGUACAUACUACUCGCAAGGAAAAUAAUGGCAAAGUUCCAAUGACAUGCAUCAGAUUAUCAAAGUGAUAAAUUGUGAGAAAGAGGACCAAUUGGAUCAUUUGUUUUUUCAUUUAUGUUUUUAGUGUAUAAUUGAUGUACAAAAAGCAAGAUCCUAUGAAGUAUGUAAAACUUGAUAUUUCAAUUAAAUAUCAAAUUAGACUUA